AUGCAUACCAAAAAGUAUAUUGAUAACUUACUUAAAAAUGCUAUUUAUGGAAAUCCUUUUAUACAAUUGACUGCAGAAGAUGUCCAAAAUUGUAAAUUGAGCUUAAAUAAAAAUCAGCAUAAUACACAGAAGGAAGAUUGUAAUAAACUCAAAGAAAAUGAUAAUUUUUAUAAAGACGUUAAUACGUCUAUAGAUGAUAAAACGACCAAUGACGUAAUAAUGACUAAAGCUGAUGUAACAUAUAAUAACAAUUAUUCAUCUAUAGAGGGCGAUCCAGCUAAUAAAAAACAGAAGUUAGAAACAAAUGGAACAGAUAUUUUAAAAUUGGUACUAUCUAGGGAGAGUGAAAUUCUUAAAUUUAAAUCUCAAUUUAAGUCCCCAUUGAAAACCAAUAAGGAAAUUACUACUACCAGUACUAAGGAGGUAUCGUUAGAAGAAUCUGAAUCUGAAAAAUCUUCAGAAAAUACACAGAAGGAAGAUUGUAAUAAACUCAAAGAAAAUGAUAAUUUUUAUAAAGACGUUAAUACAUCUAUAGAUGAUAAAACGACCAAAGACGUAACAAUGACUAAAGCUGAUAUAACAUAUAAUAACAAUUAUUCAUCUAUAGAGGAUCCAGCUAAUAAAAAACAGAAGUUAGAAACAAAUGGAACAGAUAUUUUAAAAUUGGUACUAUCUAGGGAGAGUGAAAUUCUUAAAUUUAAAUCUCAAUUUAAGUCCCCAUUAAAAACCAAUAAGGAAAUUACUAUUACCAGUACUAAGGAGGUAUUGUUAGAAGAAUCUGAAUCUGAAAAAUCUUCAGAAAAUACACAGAAGGAAGAUUGUAAUAAACUCAAAGAAAAUGAUAAUUUUUAUAAAGACGUUAAUACGUCUAUAGAUGAUAAAACGACCAAAGACGUAACAAUGACUAAAGCUGAUAUAACAUAUAAUAACAAUUAUUCAUCUAUAGAGGAUCCAGCUAAUAAAAAACAGAAGUUAGAAACAAAUGGAACAGAUAUUUUAAAAUUGGUACUAUCUAGGGAGAGUGAAAUUCUUAAAUUUAAAUCUCAAUUUAAGUCCCCAUUGAAAACCAAUAAGGAAAUUACUACCACCAGUACUACGGAGGUAUCGUUAGAAGAAUCUAUUGAAUCUCAAUCUCAGAAUCUGAAGUCUUCAGAAAAAAAUGUAAAAUCAAUGAUCAGGGUUAUUGAUCCUAGGAAAAUGAUGAAAGAAGAUGACUACAAAAUUUGGAUGAAAAAUAAUCCUUUUGGUAUAGAGCAAAAACAUGUACAAACUGAAAUUAAAAAGGUAUCAGUUGCUAAACUUUCUACAACCAGAUUUCAACCGUCUUUACAUAGUAACAAAGUAAAUGGAGUUAAACAAGCUUUAAAUAGCAAAAAUCUUGUAAGAGCGAAUUUAAUUAAAAUUGAAAAAUUAUACAUAAAGUAUUUUAGCAAAUGUGUACAAGAUACUGUUGUAAUCAUUGCAAAUAUACUUAACAUUAUUUCAAUAUCUAACAAAUAUUACGAAAACCGAAUUAAUGAAUCUUAUAAGAAGAGAUUUGAAGCCGAAAAACUUAAAGGAAUUUGCGAUGCCGACCAAUUACACGGAAAACAUAAAAGAAUUCUGCAAACAAAGUUGAAAAACAAUUUUAUAUGUGUCAUAUCAUCUUUUGCAGAAUCAGAAUUUGAUUUAGCAUUUCAAAUAUUUUUUCUAAGUAUAUUAACUGUUCUUCAAGUUUUGGAUCAGCCAAAAUUCGGAAAAGGUGGCAUCUUCAAAAAUGUGGUACAUUUAUUAUCGAAUAGUUUGAAAAACUGUGAAUUCAACCAUCAAUUUAAACAAAAAAUGUUUUCAAUGUUCCGGUCAAAGACAUUUCAACCUGAGUGCAUAAACUUAAUAAGUAUAAUUGAAGAUAGUCGGGAUACUGACCCCGGAAUCACCGAUCGCAUGACAUUGUUUUUUGUAUCAACAGUAUAUAGCCGAACAUUUUUUCAGCCUGUUAUUAAAGCUGUAACUUGUGAUUCAAACGAUGAUCUGGAAUUAUUAAUCGAUAAUGCAAAUUUUCAAUGUUGCAUUAAUUCAAAGUUUAAAGAUCCCGUUGAUUCAUCAACUGUACUACAUCCAAAUAACAAAAUACCAGUACCAGAAACUAUUCAAAGACCCAUCAACUCUGAUGUAACAACUCAAAACCGGUUCCUAGCCAAUAAUCCAGACAAAACUAACCAACAAAUGCCUGUGUCAAAUAGUGAUACCGCAGUUGAACCAACGAGUUCAACAAGCCAGCCAUUAAAUAACUUUUAUAAACCAUUAUCUUAUUCACUACAAAAGAAAACGUCUGAAUCAUCUACUUCACUAGGGAUACCAACUAAAAAAUGUAUUGUUGUUAAGCCAGCUACUUCUAAUAGUUCUUUGGUGCAAGUGACAUCACCGUUCUCAGGAACUGCAACUACAUCAACACCAACUACUUUUGUGACGUUCAACCCAUCAAUUCAGAAGAACAAAUCUGUGAUAAACAGCCAACUUCAUAGAGCUAUAGGCGGCAUUAUUUUAAUUGAUAACAAACAGUAUAAAUUGGUUCAGGCGCCAUUAGGUCAAAUGAGAGCAGGAGUCAAUGGUUCUAAUAUAUUAGUUACAUCACCGUCAAUCGUUAUUAUCAAAUGUCAUGCAAAAAAUUGUAACAACUCUGUAACAAUAAUGUGCAGUGUCUGUAAAAUAGUGAAAUACUGUUCUUAUGCCUGCCAAGGACGUGACUGGUAUGAUAAUCAUAGAGAUGUCUGUAGACCACUGAACAUUGGACCUUAA